AUGACUCCGCGGGAUAUCGCCCACAAGUACGACUUGCGUCUUGAUAUUGCGGCGCCGCUUAACUGGCGCUACAGCCCCGGAGACACAAUCAUUGGAAGUGUUGUUCGAAACUCUCCCAUCGUCUCCCCCAAAGCCACGCUCAAAAUCUGGCUCACGGGGAUGAUCAGUGUCAGAAUCUUACGAGCUGGAUCCAACCGGCUUGAUACUGAUCACGAAUGCUAUAUCAAUAAGUGGACUCUGCUCAAACCAGAGGAACAUCUCAUCUUCAGCGGGCCCCUGCACCACCCUGAAGACAGUAAAGAACCCCUCAGUUGGUCCUUCUCGCUGCCUAUCCCUAGUAAGCCAAAGGCAUACAUCACGGACGGUCAUCAGCCGCACGCAACUUUUGUGCCUGUUGACCAGGAUCACCCGGCUUACAAUAUCUUGCCCGGUACUUUACGCACGUGUUCCCAUGGUUACUCGCCCCGGUCGGCAGCUGUAAUCGAAUAUGAGCUUCAUGCUCGGCUAUAUUAUGAUCGGGGUGGCUCCAAAAAGGCCCAUUAUGCGACUGUACCCAUUACGCUGAGACAUUCUCCGGGGGGUGCCGACAUGCUCCACAUAUCAAAGGGAGGGUCAUCAUACCCUAUGAAAGUACGAAGCCAGCGCCUACUACCGGAAAUGAAAGAUAAGGAGCUCUCAUUUCGACAAAAGACAAAUAAGCUCUUCUCCUCGUCUAAAGUGCCCGUGUUCUGGUUCAAGGUUAUUAUGGAAUCCCCGCCGGUUGUUCAAGUCGACAAUCCACAACCGUUGCCGAUCAGGCUGAGUAUUGCAACUUUGAUUGGUAACGACCGAACAAGCAAAGUCAUUGAAGAUAUCCUGCAGUGA